AUGAACAUAAUCUGAAUCACAUUACUUGCAUAUGCCUACGGGACUUUUAUAAUCGGGGUAAGCAAUGCUAACCCUUUUGCAUCUUGUGGGAACACCUUUUUUGGCUAUGAAGUCGAUAUAGUUAGGGAAGCCUUAACAAUAAGUGGAUGAACUUAUGGGACUGACUAUGUUUUUGCAUGCAGUGAUUCAGGCCAAAAUGCUACAGUUGGCCGCCAAUUAAUAAGUUCCAGUGGAAUGGGAGAUGGCUACACUUAUUCUCUCCCUACUUAUAAUGGCCAAUUGAGUAUUUUGAUAUACCAAGAUCGCCAUUUCAACACUCUUUCAACGUUAACUGUAUUUUCGACAUGGCUGUGACUAUCUUUUGUCUUAACUGCAGGAGUGGUAGGCUUGCUAAUCUGGUUUAUGGAAAGCACAGAGAAAUCCAAUGUAAUUUUGAUCACCAAAGAAUUUUUAAAUAGCCAAUGGAUCACUUUUCAAGGUCUUUUCUUUUCAACGACGAGGAGGCUUAGUGCUCGCUCAAACUGGGUCUUGAUGUGGACGUUCUGGGGCCUAGUUUAUGCUUUUACAGCGUUAUUUAUAGCUACUUGUGUUUAUCAAGCUAUUCUUGUAUACAGGCCGAUAACAUAUCCUGACUUCCUUUUUAAUUUAAAAGAAAAAAAAUUUCUAUAUUUAAUGAAAGGUUAAUUAUUUUUUGAUUAUGAAUAAUUUUGAUAUUUAUAAGAAUUAAUUUAUAAAAAAUUAAUUAUUCAGUAUUUCAAUUUUGCCUACACUCAUCUGAUUAUUAGAUCAAAGAAAUUAUUAUUUGUACUAUUGAAAAAAUGUAUAAAUACCCAAAAAUGCAUUUUAUCAAUAUUUUUUGUUCCAAUCUGAAUGGAGGAGUGAGAAGCUGAACGGUAAGAGAUAUUUGACAUCAACAACCUAUUUAAGCUUUACAAGUCAUUACUCUGGGUAUCAUACUGAGCAAGAGAUAUCGCUAGAUGACUAUGAUCAGCAAAUAAAAUUGCUAAAAAAUAAAGAAAUUGACGCAAUUAUAUUUGAGAGGGAAGUGCUUAAUCCCCAUUAAUUCAGAAAAUUGGAAAAGAAAAAAAAAUUUUUUAUUGUAAAAUUAAUAACAAUAUGUAAAUAGUUUUGAUGACGAUAAAUUACGUCAAAAGGGGGGAAUCAAGAAUAGAAAUGCAAUUUAACCAAUACCUCAAUGAAUUUAUAAAUUAAUUCUCUAUGAAAAUUGUAAAUUUGAGCAGAUUUUUAAUUCCAACCUAAGGGAAGUUAAAAAAAUAGCAGCCACAAACUGUGAUUACCAAGUAGUAGGUGAUCCAUUCAUAUCUAUUCUCUAUGCCGUAAAAAUUGAGCCUGGGACCGAUUCUUCAUUAAAAGCAGCACUUGAUAAUGGGAUUACUUUGCUAAUGGAAACCGCCAACCUGCAGACAAUCAAGGAAACCUAUACAUCAGUGAGCGAUCCCUGUGCAAUUUCUAAUGACCCGAACGCCAUAAGCCUCUAUUCUUUUGGCGAGCUUUGGAUUACAAUUGGGGUUUCAGUCGUUUUUGUGUUCCUGCUGAGAAGUUUUUUAAAGAAAAACGAGCUGUCAAGAGAGAGGAGAAAGCACAUUGAAGAGGUCAAAACUUUGAUGUCGAGGCCUGAGACUAAAAUUUUAAGAGUCACUGAAAAACAAGUCAGAGAAAGCGAAAUCGAAAUGACUAAGCUAUUGCACGAUAUUGAAAAAAGCUUGAAACGGCAGAACUCCUUACAGUCUCAAAUGACUAAUAUGCUGAGGCAUAGGGAAAUUCUACUUAAAUAA